AUUUAUAUAUGGUGGAUAGAUAAGAAGGAAAUAACAAGAAAAAAAAAGAAAGUAGAUGUGACAUAAAGCAAAAUGAGGAGUCAUGAGCCUCGUUCAAGCUCUUCAUGUGCAGCCUGCAAGUUCUUGAAAAGGAGAUGCACACCCAAUUGCAUAUUUGCCCCAUACUUUCGAUCUGAUGAGCCUAAAAAGUUUGCCAAAGUGCACAAAGUCUUUGGUGCAAGCAAUGUAAGCAAGAUCCUCACUGAAGUUCCUGAAGGCCAAAGAGAAGACACAGUCAAUUCUCUAGCUUAUGAAGCAGAAGCAAGGCUAAGAGACCCUGUCUAUGGUUGCAUUGGAGCUAUAGCUUUGUUGCAAAGAAAAAUGGCUCAACUUCAACUUGAUCUUUCCAUUGCCAGAGCUCGUCUAGCUCGGUAUACUGCAAAUUCAUCAUCUUCUACUGUUAUCUUGAAUGAUCGCAGUAGAAUGACAACAUUCUCCGAGCUUCCUGCUGCCUGUGGUGGAUUGAGUGAAUGUUUUGGCCAGAAUUAUUCUGAGUUCAGUCAAGAUGGACUCUUUAAUGAUUUUAGUCAAUUUCCACAUAUAUUCUGAUAUUUUUCUCUCUGUUGUUAGUGUUGAUGUCAUGAAUUUGAGCUUCAGUUUAUGUUUGUCUGGAAAAAUCUCUGAAUUAUCAAGAGAUUUUGAAGUCCCAGUUCAUAAUAUGGUUGAGUUUUUAUCUACUGUUCAGUGCUAGAAUUCAAUGAAAGCCCUCAAGUAUCCUACAAUGGGAGCAUUUGGGUAA